AUAAAAGUGAUCUUAGUCUAUAGUACGCAUCAUACACAUAGAUAAAGGAUCUAUACUAGGUUCAGACGCCCAUAAUUUAUGUUAUUCUCUGUGGUCGAUUACUAAAUACCUACUAAUUUCAUAUUUGACACUAACAUUUAAAACUGUUUUUGUUUACAUGACGCGAUCGGUGAAUUUCGGGUAUCAAUUGUUAUUUUGUGAGUUAAUUAUAAACUAACAUAGUACUUAUGUUAACAAAUUUCAAAAUAAAAUGCCAAAAGCAUUCAGCGAAAUGCUUGAAAAUGGGCAUUCAUACGACGAGCCCGAUCGUAUGCCGAAUAAUAUUACGAUAACUUAUUUGGAUAUUUUAAUGUAUGUGGUAGCUAUAAUAGGCCACUUUGUGGAUCUUGGAUUAGACAUAAACGUUGCUGUUCAAUACUGCUUAGCGAACCGAAUGCUAGAGUUUGGCUGGACUCUGAUUUUUAUACUUCUACCAGCGUUUGUGAACACAGCUGUUUCAGUAAGGAUGUAUUCUCAAGAUAAGCAGCAAAACUCAUUAAGCAAUGAAUUUACCAAGAGGAAAUGGUUGCGAAUAUUCAUUCUUGUUCUGCAAAUGGCGCCAAUACUCCGAUUUGCUGACGCCCUGAUCUACGCCAUCAAAUCCCGUCGAGCGGAACGCAAGCGCGAUCAGGCAUCCCAACGGAUGUACUACAGUCUCAUGCUGAAAGAGGAUUCUGAUGCUGCUCUAUUGAGGAUAUUCGAGUGCUUCCUGGAGGCAGCACCGCAGCAAGUGUUGCAAAUGAGUAUUUUGAUGAGACAGUUCUCAGACGCAGAUAGAGAUCUGUUUGCUGUGCACCAAAUAUUAUCAAUCUGCUCAUCAAUCGUUGGCAUGGGCUGGUGCUUAGCAGCUUACCAGCGAGCGAUUCGGUUCGCCCAACAGGACAAGAGUAACAUCACGUGGUGCGGCACCGUGCUGCAAGUGCUGUGGCACUUCUUGGUUACACUGAGCCGAAUAACAUCACUAUCUAUAAUAGCGUAUCUCUUCCCGUAUUGGACGAUUCUAGCUUGCGCCAUCCAUAUCCUCAUAAUGACAACAUGGCUUCAACUCCUUGAACAAUCCGCAUUCUGCGCGCAAAAUAAGUUCGGCGAAGUGUUUUUCUCAUUAGCUCUAGGCGGAGUUUAUUUAUUUACAUACAUUUUGCCCGUCGAAGGUCGGACUCGAUACAGAUACACAAUGUUCUAUAGUCUAUGCUUUGUGCAAAAUGUUAUCUGCGGUGUAGUGUGGUUUAUUUACGCGGGAAAUGAUUUAAACGUAUCGAUAUUUUUCUAUCCGAUUUUAGUUUUGAGCGUCGUGCCAUAUGUGUUUGGAUUAGUGUUUAUGAUUAUUUAUUAUAGGUUCUUUCAUCCGAAAGUUAGUGUCAGUUUAUCCGUUUCGUUUAAAGGCGAUGAAGCAGAGAUAAGUUCUUAGUGUAACGUGCCAAAGUGUCAUGGUAAUUAUUAGUCUAUAAUAUCAAAAGGUGUAAACUGUUAUUAAUAAAGAUAGUGAACGAUGUAUUAAAAUGCUCAAAUAAUCCUGUAGUAAUUAAUUAAGCGGAAAUGUGUUGAUUAAGAAAAAGUCUUACUCCUAUCCCUCAUAGCAAGAUGUUUUAAUUUUAACGUGAAGUUUUAAUUUAAACGUAUCGAUUAAUGAUUAACAAUAAAUACAUUAUUUUAUUACUGUAAGUAUUGCUUCUUGCCUAGUUGGUGUCUAAGUGAAAAAUUAUUUCGAUGUAUGUACGUAUCUAUAAAUCUAUAGAUAAAGGCAAUUCGUUAUUUAAGUAUGAAUACAAAAAUUAUUAAGUACAAAGUUGCAUUUUAACUUAAAGACGCGCGACGAAAAUAGAGCCAUACUCAAGACUAGUCUUAUCGCUAUUUUGAAGAAUACUUGUCUAUGGAGAGUGCAAAUCAAAUUUAUGUUCCUUUUUAAAUUCAUAGCGCGUUAGCAAUCGAAGGUCGCUUAUAUUUGCAAAGUUCUUCGUUCAAAUAGAAAAAUCAAAAAUCUGAAUAUUAAAGAAUUUUUUAAAUUAUAUUAUUCAUCCAGAAAUUACUGUGAUCUUUUCGGCGAAAAGUUUCCGCUAGCGUGUUCAGAUGUGUGGCCGUGACGACGCUCGAUGUUAAUGGAAUAAAUUGCGUUGAAACAUAAUUUAAAAAAUCUUGAAUUUUUAAAUGUAUAGCAAACGUGCUUGACGUUUGAUUUUCAAAUUCAAGAAAAUACAACGAUCUUAUUUACGAAGGAAAGCAUCCAGCUCCUUUAUUAGAAGUGAUAUAUUAAUAAGCAUCCUAUUGUGAUUCAUUAAAAUUAAUAAUAAUAGUUUACUUUACUAUUUAUUUUUACCAUUAUAAUUUAGGUAAAGUUUUUAUACCAUCAGAAUCUGUAAUCAAACCCUAUAUAACAAAAUCCUUUGUAUAAAAUCUCAAUGGAAUAUACCUACUCAAUUUUAUUUUUUUAUAAUAUUGUUUUAAGUAUUUGUUAAACUUUAUAGUAUUAUACUGGUAGGAAUCACUGAAUCUCCUAAAUUAUGUAUACUAAGCAGUGUAUUAUAUUUUAUAUGGAUUUUCGUCGCAAACUUUUGAAUGUCAUGUUUUUACAUAUGUUUUAUACCAGUUUUAAAUAAAAUAAAUAUUUUAAUUUUCA